CUGGUUGGAUUAUUUGAGGUCAGAAAAGCCACCCUAAAUGUGGGCCACACCUUCUGGUGGCACCCCCACAUAAAAGGACAUGGAAGAAGGAAGAUUUCACCUUUUGCCUGCUUGCCCUCUUGCUGGCCAGUUUCUCUCUCCUGUUCCGGAGAUAUUGGAACCUACGGAUCCCAACGGACCUCUGUAGACUCUCCCUGGGACUCUAGCACCAAAUUGACACAGCUGACUUUAGUCUUGUGGACAACGCCUGGGUCCUCGGCCUUUCCAUCAGGAGACAGCCAUUUUAGGGCUCCUCGGACCACACCUCCUCAAAAGCCAAGAGAUGCCUAAGGAGCAGCAAGAGGUGGUUGUACUGGGGGCACCCCACAUCUCAACUUCUGCAACAACCACCACAAUCAACAUGCCUGAGAUCUCUACGCCUGAUCAUGUGGUCUGGUCCCUGUUCAAUACACUCUUCAUGAACUUCUGCUGCCUGGGCUUCAUUGCCUAUGCCUACUCUGUGAAGUCUAGGGACAGGAAGAUGGUGGGUGAUAUGACUGGAGCCCAGGCCUUCGCCUCCACCGCCAAGUACCUCAACAUCAGCUCCCUGAUCUUCACUGUCCUCAUGACCAUCAUCUUCAUCAUUUUCUAUGUCACUAGAAAGUAGCCAUCUUGCAGCAUCUCACAGUAGAUAACAGAUUCUGGGGCCUCCCGGGCUUGCUAUGUGUUCCCUUGUCUAUCGCUGCCCCAAACCCUAGUCUUAGUCCUGACCAUUUACCCCAUAAAUAUGCAAAUGUUACACUCACAUAUCUGUCCAUAGUGGAUUCAAUAAAGUACAUGUGCUGUGACUUUC